AUGAGCUGGACUACCCUGGCUGAAACAGGUACUCCCAACAACGAUCACCUUACUAGAGGUGAAGGUAGUAGACAACCAGGCGGCGCUCAAGUGGACCAAGGAAUCGGAGUUUCCAGCUUUAUCGCUGCAUUAAGCAGUGGUUUUGCGAUAUUUAUGUUACAGCUCUUACUCUUCUUGCUGCUGAGGAACAAGCUGGGGCGCAUCUUCAAUGAACCCAAAAUAAAACAACGAACUCGUUUAAGUAAACCUGAUGUGAGAUCCUUGAGUCUAAUCUCCUCCAUCAAACGGUCAUUGAACAGCGGCGACUCGGACAUUGCCCGCGACUGCGGUCUCGAUGCCUACUUUUUUCUCCGCUACUUGAGAACUCUUCUUCUUGCGUUUUUUCCAAUAGCGACGCUCGUGAUACCCGUGCUGAUUCCAUUAAAUUACGUCGAUGGGCGCGGUCAUCAACUUGAUGCCGAUGGACGUGCUGCAAAGGAUCAUGACAACGCACAAGUCACUGGCCUGGACACGCUGGCCUGGGGUAAUAUCAGACCAAGCAAUGCUCACCGCUACUGGGCGCAUCUCGUGAUAUCCAUCGUUACUAUCGCAUGGGUUUGCGCUUUGUUUUUCUAUGAGAUGAGGGCCUACAUCGAAAUACGACAAACUCAUCUUACCAGUGCUGAACAUCGAUCAAGACCUUCAGCGGCAACUAUUCUUGUCGACUCAAUCCCUGCAAAAAUGUGUACUGACAGUAAAUUGAGAAAGCUUUUUAAUCAUUUUCCAGGUGGUGUAAAGAACAUAUGGGUCAAUAGAGACUUCUCUUUGCUGCUUCAAUUGAUCGAUCGCCGCGACACAAUUGUCCAGCAACUGGAGGUUGCGGAGACAACCUUGAUUAGAAAUGCCCAUUACGCAUGGAAAAAGGGUAAAGCAGGGUAUUGGCGACGGCUCUUUCGUGCAAAUUCUAAGAGCACUGGAAUCCAUGGCACCAGCGGAAAUCGCCCUGACCCCCGUGAAUUCCCAAGUACUGAUUGUGAAAAAGACAGCAGCAGCGGAUUGUGGGAAAAGUUCUUGAGUAGGAGCGACCGGCCCACACAUAGACUCCCAGGUUUGGGAUUGCGAUGGUUAUUUGAUGGUGCGCCUUUCUUCGAAAAAGUCGACACUAUAAGUCGGUGUCGCAAAGAGUUAGAAGAACUUAACAUAAGAAUUGAAAAGCAGCAGACAUGUUAUGCUGACCUUCCGUCCGCAAACUCAGCAUUUGUCCAGUUUCGCACUCAAAUGGCGGCACAUAUGGCUUGCCAAAGCGUAAUUCAUCACCUACCAGAGCAUAUGGCACCCCGUUCCAUUGGAUUCUCUCCAGAUGAGAUCAUUUGGACGAAUAUAGCAUUGUCUUAUAAAGCAGGUUGGGUUCGUGCGCUGAUAACUUAUGUUAUUCUAUUCCUAAUGAUAUCCUUGUGGUCACUUCCGGUAGCGUGGACGGGCGCCCUCAGUCAGGUCGAUCAACUAAUCCAAGGGAGUGACCUGCUUUCGUUCAUUGGCCGUACAGAAGCGCUUAGACAUGUCAUUUCAGCAGUUGCUGGCUUAUUACCGACUACAGCAUUAACAGUUCUUUUAAUCCUCUUACCGUUUCUUCUAGAAUAUUUGGCGGACUUCAAAGGUGUCAAGACUUACUCUUUGAGACAGGAGUUUGUUCAGACUUUUUAUUUUGCCUUCUUGUUCAUACAAGUAUUUUUAGUUGUUUCCAUUGCUUCUUUUUUUACGGCGUCGAUCAAAGAGCUAGCCACGAACGUCCGGGGCGUGCAGCAAGCCAGUGUAGUGGUCAAUAUCCUUGCUCAGAACCUCCCGAAAGCGUCAAAUUACUUCUUCUCUUACAUGGUUCUUCAGUCGUUCUCUACCAGUGCUGCGACGCUUCUUCAAGUGGGUAGCUUGAUUUCGCAUUACAUUGUCGGGCCAAUGUUUGACGUAAGCGCACGAGACAAAUGGUUCCGAAAGACGAAACCGCAUUCGGUUAAGUGGGGCUCCGUGUUCCCUGUAUACACGAACUUCGCAUGCAUCGCUCUAAUCUAUUGUAUAAUAUCCCCACUUAUUUCUGUCUUUGCUAUUCUCACGUUCGGUCUCAUAUGGCUUGCUCAGCGGUACGCAAUAUUAAAUUUUUAUCGCUCUGAUCACGACACCGGAGGAGUUCUUUAUCCUCGCGCUCUCAACCAGACAUUCACCGGCUUGUACGUAAUGGAACUAUGUCUUACCGGGCUUUUCUUCAUGGCCAAAGACGAAAAGGCAAAUGCAGUCUGUUCAGCACAUGCCAUAAUUAUGGCAAUAGCGUUAGUGGCUACUGUUCUCUUCCAGGUGUUUCUGAACUGGAGGUUCGCUCCUCUCUUCCGAUUUCUACCAGUGGAUUUGGGGAAUGAUGAAGUGACGAUGACCGGCCAGAAGAAACAAGUGAAGGAUGAUCUCCAGCUGCCACAAAUGUGUUUGGAGGAUAUAUCAAACAUGGGCGAGAAGAAUGAAGUGUCGGAGCAUCCCCGUAAUAACACAACCAGUAAAUUAAGUACCGAAUUUCCCACGACGCUAAAAGAGGUACCUAAAAAUCAGAGGGAAAUCCUAGUCGAUGAAGCAUUCAAGCAUUAUGCUCUCACCGUAAGACAGCCUAUUAUCUGGAUUCCUCGAGAUGGCCUUCAUGUCAGCGAAGAUGAAAUUGACCAAUGUAAACAAAUUUCGGGUUCUAUCGAUAUGUCUAAUGAUGGUGCCUAUCUAGAUGAUCAUGGGCGUGUGGUCUGUCAUGACAAACCACCAGAUUUCUCAGAGUUCGCCUAUGUUAAGCUUUGA